AUGGUGAGAUGCAAGAAGAUUAACCAGAAGCCUGCUAUUAGUUCUAUGGUGAAUGAAUCCCCUUCGGUCAAAGAAGAAUGCGAUGAGACGAUGACUGGUUUAGAAGAAGAACCGCCAGCUGUGGUGGAGGAGGUAUUCAAGGAUACCUUGGUGGAUUUCCUUGAGUUUGGGGGAAAUGUCCCAGUGGAUACAGAUGAGGGAAUGUCUGGGGUGAAGAAGACUGGUGUGAAAUGGAGUGAUCAAGUUGAUAAUGAGAAUGAUUUUCAAAGUCAGGCCAAAGAUAAAUGGUCUCAGGUUCGGGCAUUGUUACCAAAUCAAGGAGGAGCUCGGGUGAAAUUUGAGGAACCUUUAAUUCGAGAUGGUCAACGGAUGCUCAGGGAUGAAGCUACACGAGAUUUGGUGUUGGAAGGUGGAGUUGUCCAUUUCGAUAGGAAACCAGUUAUCUUGAGACCAUGGUCUACUGAUCUAGAUGCUAUGAGGUUAGUGAAAUCUGUUCCUGUUUGGGUUAGAUUGCCUGGACUUGGGCUGCAAUACUGGGGUACUAAGUGUUUGAGUGCCCUAGUGAGUACCAUUGGUAAUCCUAUACUAGUAGAUAAAGUUACAAAAGAUCGAUCCAUGAUGCAAUUUGCUAGGGUGUUAGUGGAGGUUGAAAUAACAGAGGAGGUUCCUAAAUCUAUUCAAUUUUUAAAUGAAAGAGGACUUUUGAUGGAACAAUUGCUGGAAUUUGAAUGGUUGCCGACUCAGUGUAAAAGGUGCAGAGUGUUUGGUCAUACUGAGGCUUUGUGUAAUAGGAAACAUGGUGAGGUUUGGAGGAAAAAAGAUAGAAAUACUAAAGAAGGGCCUAAACAAAAGUCCACUGAUCUGAAAUCUUUCCCUGUUACUACAGGUUCAGCUAGUGAAUUAAUCUCAAAAGAUAACAAGAAAGCAUAUGCUAAGGAAAGGUGUGAGACCCAUUCUAUAUCAGUUCUUACUGGUACAGAUAAUGAAAUAGUCUCAAAAGAUUCCCAGAAAACUGAUGAUACGGCGAGGUAUGAUUCAAGAGAGAGGCUUAAUUCAGAUUGGCUCACUCCUAAACGAGUGGGGGAUGUCAAGAGUUUGGCUUCUACUUCUCAGAAUAAGUUGAAGAAUUAUUAUAGUGCUUUGCAAGAUAGGAUAAUGGAGGUUACGAAUUUGGGGCUAUCUACAACAAAUAUGUUCAAGGGAGCUCUUUUAGAAACCAAGUUGCGUGGUAAUAAAAUAGAGGAGAUGAUGACUAGUCACUUUGUUGGCUGGAAUUUUUAUACUGGGUCAGGUAAUGAAGGAAGAAUUCUUCUGGUCUGGCAGGCCAAUAUUGUAUCUGUUGAAGUGUUACAAGAUAGUGAUCAGUUUAUUCAUGCUUAUGUUAAAGAGUUGGGUUCGAAUAAAGAGUUUUGUUUGUCUUUUGUUUAUGGGAGGAAUACCAUUGAGGAGCGGUUACAACUAUGGCAAGAUUUAUCUGGGCUGUCUUUUCCAAUCAAUCCUUGGCUUGUGGCUGGAGACUUUAAUGCUAUUUUUUAUUUUAAUGAUCGGCUUGGUGGUCGUGAUAUUGCUGCUAUGGAAAUGGUGGAUGCUCAAAGAUGGAGAUCUAUAGGGUUGGUUGAUGAACUUCGUACUAGUGGUUCCCAUUACACUUGGACAAAUAAGCAAGCUGCUGAGGCUAGAAUCUAUUCCAAAUUGGAUCGUAUAUUUAAAAAUGAAGCCUGGUUGGACUUAUUUCCUCAAUCUGAAGCCUAUGUUAAUUGGGACAUGAUUUCUGACCAUUGUUUUUGCAUCAUUAAAACCAUAACAGCUUUGAACUUAGGCAUUAAACCAUUCCGUUUUUUCAAUUAUAUGUGGGCUGACCAUGAAGGAUUCAGAGAGACUGUGUUGCAGAACUGGAUUAAGCCGAUAAAAGCUCAUGGUUUAGAGAGAAUACUGAGGAAAUUGGUGAGACUCAAACAUGUCCUUCGCAAGUUUAACAGAAGGGCAAUUGGUGAUGUUGUGCACAAGUAUACUGUAGCCAAGGAGAACUACCAAUCUGCCCAAUGUCAGCUCCAAAAGGAUCCUCAUUCAGCUGAUCUUCAAAGAGAGGACAGGUCUGCAUUUGAGACUUUCUCUAGUCAAUCUAGAUUCUAUGAUAGCUACCUUAGACAAAAAAGCAAAAUUAACUGGCUUCGGUUUGGUGAUGAUAACACGGCCUAUUUUCAUGCGUGUUUAAAACAGAGGAGGGCUACAAAUCGUAUCACCUCUUUUAUUAAUGAUGUUGGUCAAAUAAAUGAGAAGUUUGAGGAUGUAGUGGCUCAUUUUUUGAAUCAUUUUCGUAGUAUUAUGGGCAGCCAUAGUACAGCUUCUGCUCCUAUUCAGAGAGAUUGUUUUAGUCAUGGAGGCAUUUUGUCUUUGGAUCAGCAGCUGAGGUUGAUGAAACCAUUCACCAAGAAGGAUGAGGAAGCUGCUAUGUUCAGUAUUAAUCUGAUUAAAAGCUCGGGUCCUAAUGGAUAUGGGUCGGGUUUUUUCAAAGUAAUGUGGAAAUAUUUGGGAGAAGAAAUAUCUGAUGCCAUCUUGGGAUUUUUUGAUCAUGGAUUGCUGCCAGAUGAGCUUAACAAUGCAACACUCUCUCUGAUUCCGAAGGUUGAAACUCCUACUAAGGCUGUGGACUGGUUUAUUCGAUGGGUGAUGAUAUGUUUGAAGGGUACAUCUUACUCUAUUCUGAUGAAUGAUAGGCUUCAAGGGAGCUUUAUUGGUAAAAAUGGUCUAAGACAAGGGGACCCUAUAUCUCCCUUGCUGUUUGUUCUAGUCAUGGAAUACUUCACUCGACUUCUCAUUCAAGCUUCUUAUAGAAAGGAUUUCAGAUUUCAUCCUAAUUGUAAAAAACUGAAAUUAGUUAGCUUUUGUUUUGCUGAUGAUUUGGUGCUUUUUUGUAAGGGAGCUUCUAAUUUGGUUCAGAUUAUCAAAGAGUGUUUCACAUCUUUUAGUUUGGCAUCUGGUUUAACAGCUAAUUUGGCUAAAUCUCAGGUAUAUUUUGGGGGUUUGGCUGAGGAAGAUUCAAAGCAGAUUCUGACUAGGCUCCAAUUUGUAGAAGGGUCAUUUCCUCUAAAGUAUCUUGGAAUUCCUCUUCGGCCUACUAAAUGGAAGGCUAGAGACAGUGCUGUUAUCAUCAAAAAGAUUCACCUGAAGCUUCACACUUGGUCAAGUCGUCAUCUUUCAUUUGUUGGGCAUGCACAACUUAUUAAUUAUGUAUUAUUGGGCAUAAGAUCAUUCUGGAUGAGUAUAUUCCUCCUUCCCAAGAGUGUCAUUUAUGAGAUAGAACAUUUAUGCAGAAGGUUUCUUUGGGGUACUAAUGACAGUAAUAGGAACAGAAGCAAAAUGCAUCUCACUGCUUGGGAUCAAGUCUACUUGCCUAAGAGUUUGGGUGGUAUUGGGUUUAAGGAAGGGUCCAAAUGGAAUAAAGUGUUACUAGCUAAGUUUAUUUGGGCUAUUUCCUCUAAACAAGACAUCCUUUGGGUGAAAUGGGUGGAUGCCAUUUUUCACAAAGGGCAGAAUUUUUGGGAGUAUAAGAUCAAAACUGAUCAAGUUAGAUCAAAGGUGGUUUCUUGGCUAGGAACUGAUAUAUGGCCGGUUAAGUAUGAAGAUUGGUCCUCUUGGAUGUUUGGGAGACCUAAAGGUCUGAAGCAAAAAAUAGCAGCAGCUGCAUUGCCUGCUUCAGUUUAUAUGAUAUGGUGGAAUCGUAACACUUGUCUUUUCAGAUUUUACUCUAUGACAGCUGAUAGUAUAGAUCAUUUGAUCAAGUUUUAUUUGAAAGCUAGAAUUUUUAGACUUCCUAGGACAAAAUUUGGGAAAAAUAAUUUAGCUUUUGUUGAGAAGUUUGACCAAUUGUAA